AUGCGGCAGAGUGUGCAAUCGGCCAGGCAAGAAACACUUCGGGCAGCCUUUGUCCAGAGUGGUUGCGGAAGACCCAUCGUAUUGCCUAUGGAUACUCCGAAAGGCUCAGGACGCGAGAGAGAUGGGCACCCGGCCGUGUCCAGCUUUUCAUUGGCACUUUCCCAGCAAAUCCGGCUUAGCCUGCAAGAGGAGGCAGAUGCUUCGUCCGCCCUACGAGACAAUGCCGCCUGGCUCCGCUCCAACGCAGCUCAUAUCGAGGCCAAACUGGAGGCCUCAGCGCAGAACCACAACGGCACAGACCUGUCCGUUUUGGUGGCAAAGGAUCCCGCAUACUGCCAAUGGAUCCUCCGACAGGCCAAGGAGAAGCAUGCCUCGCCAGAACUGCGAGCAAAUGCCAGCUGGCUUCGACAGAACGCACCCCACCUCGAGGCUCGGGUGUUUCACUACUCGCGCAUAGCUAGCUUCGAGUUUCGAUGGUUCCACAGCCUGAACCCUGCGGCAAGUACCGGGGACGGCCGAUGUCUCAGCUCGCAGCUGAAGACCCACUUUACUGCCGAUGGGUCCUGCGAGAAGUCCAAACCGCCUCUUAGCUAA